AUGAGGCUUGACAGCUGGCGUUUUCUUGUGGACAAGGUCAAAAGAAGGCUUAAUUCUUGGAGUAGUAGACAAUUAUCUCUAGGAGGAAGAGUUAUUCUUAUUUAUUCCACUUUAAAUUCUAUCCCUAUUUUUAGUCUUUCCUUCUAUAGGAUCCUUAUUAGAAUCAAGAAAGAACUGAAAUUUGUCUACCAAAACUUUUUGUGGGGUGGGAUAGAGCUCAAGACGAAGGUUCAUUGGUUGAAUUGGAGAUUGAUUUGUAGCAAGAAAGACAAAGGAGGAUUAAGAGUUAAAGACAUUGACUUAUUUAAUAAAGCCCUCCUUUCUAAGUGGAAAUGGAGGUUCUUGGUUGAAGAUAAUUAUAUUUGGUUUGAGUUGAUUAAAUUCAAAUAUGGGAAGUUUGCAUGUGAUUUUAUGGGUGAUGCAUUUUUUGAUAGGAGAAUUAAGGGAUCGGUAUGGUGGAGGGAUUUGAGGAAGGUGGAUCUUGAUAAGGUUAACAAUUUUUCUUGUUUGGCAGGUAACAUUCAGUGUUCAGUUGGGAAUAGGAAUAAAAUCCCAUUUUGGCAGGCUAUUUGGCUUGAAGAUCAAAGCUUACUCAAUAGAUUUUCUAAAGUCUUUCAAGCAGCUUUCAUGAAGGAAUGUGAAAUUGAUGUUGGUGAAUGGAUUGAAGACUGUUGGGUGUGGAACCUUGAGAAGAUUUUGCUUGUUAAUGGUUCUAAUAUUUCUAGCAGUGUUUCUGAUUUAAAGGACGUGUUGUCAAACUGUAGCCCAAGUCUGGUGUUAGCACAAAAUUUUUGCUGGAAGCCUGAUCCAUCUAAAAUAUAUUCAGUCCAUAGUUGUUAUAAUCAACUCCUAUUCUUGUCUGCUGGUUCUACUAUUUUAGAUUCUUCCGAAGUAGAGGCUUUAUCAAAAGUGUGGAGGAACAAAAUCCCAUCAAAAAUUAAGUUUUUUUAA